AGUUUUCAACACAAACUAUAUAGGCAUCGCCAUUAAUUAAAAAGAAGAAGAAGAACAACAUGCAAAGAGCGGUAUGUGCUCAUUGCGGUUUUUCCGUUUUUUCAGUUUUUUUUUUCUGUGAUGUGUAUAAAUAAAUAAAGGGUUAAAUAAAGCAAAACAACUAUUCAUUAUUAAUUUGCAAUGUCUUGUACAAAAGAAGAGAUUGAGAAAAAGCGCCUGGCUGCUUUACAAAAACGACAAAGUAAACUACAACCCCAGCCGAACACUUUAUUUAAAACAACAGUUCAUGAGACGAGUCCAGCCUCUACCAGCGGAAUUUUCAAGAGCAUUACAGCCAAUAAUAAUAAAACCUUUCAUCCGUAUGCCAAACAAAAGGCUGAAAACAAUAUUCAAACUCAAAACACCUUUGUACCUACGGGAAAAGUUAUAAGUGGUACAGUAUAUUUGAUAUCUGAAGAUCGAUUUGAAGUAAACCCUUCAGAGUUUUGUUCACCACUCAUUAAUAUUUUCAAGAGAAUACCAUCUAAGAAUUAUGAUUCAAAUACAAAACUUUGGAGCUUUUCAAUUAAAGAUUACCAUGAACUGAUGAAACAAGCAGCUUCUUUAGCACCUUAUGUUGUGUUGGGUGGACUUCCAACAUAUGUCUUAAAGGUUCUUCAAGACCAUACUGUAGACCCAAAUAGUGUUGAUUUAUCUCCUAUUGAGGCCACACUUAGAAAUAAACUGAUGCCAUUCCAAGAAGAAGGGGCGAGAUUUGGUAUUUCACGUCGUGGCCGCUGCAUGAUAGCUGAUGACAUGGGCUUGGGUAAAACAUUUCAGGCUCUUGCAAUUGCCAGCUAUUAUAGACACAAUUGGCCAUUGCUCAUUGUUACUACAUCAUCUAUGAGAGAAACUUGGCAGAGUAAAAUACACGAGUUGUUACCAUCUGUACCGUUGAUGAAUAUAGUGACCCUUACCACUGGAAAAGACGCGCAACUCGUUGCAGAUCGUCAGACGGAGAUAGUGAUAGUCAGUUACAAGAUCACAAGUAUGCAUACAGAUUUGUUGAAAAAUAAAAAGUUUGGGUUCGUUAUUAUCGACGAGUCUCAUUACCUGAAGUCACAUAAGGCGCAGUGUACAGUAGCGUUGCGCGGUAUCACGCGUCAAUGCGCGCGCGUCGUUCUGCUGAGCGGCACUCCCGCUCUCAGCCGCCCCGCUGAACUUUACACGCAACUGGCACUAAUAGAACCGACCCUCUUCCCCUCAUACACAGAGUACGGUAAGCGGUAUUGCGCAGGCAAGCAGACAUCGUUUGGAUGGGAUAUGUCGGGUCAGUCCAAUCUAGCUGAACUUCAAGUCAUCCUGCAGAAAAGAUUCCUCAUCAGGCGGACCAAGGAGCAGGUGCUUACUCAACUCGAGGAGAAAACUAGGGAGACGGUAUUAUUGGACUCUUCGAUGGCGGUACAGCCCGAAUUAACGCAGAUGGCCGAAGCGUGUAAGAACGCACGUGCCGCUGAACGGCACGCGGCACUCGUCACCUUCUUCAGCGAGUCCGCUAAGAUCAAAAUACCCGCUAUCUGCAAGUACAUAAAGCAGGUGUUGUCUGAGAUGACGACGGGCAAGUUCUUGGUGUUUGCACAUCACCGCGUUGUAAUAGAUGCUGUAUGUGAGACAUUGGACCAAUGCGGUGUUAAUUAUAUUUCUAUAGUUGGAAGUACGCCGCCCGCCGCGAGAGCAGAUUUGGUGGAAAAGUUUCAAUACUCUGGCACGUGCCGUUGCGCUGUGUUAUCUAUAACGGCGGCCAAUUCCGGGCUGACGCUCACCGCCGCCAACUUAGUACUGUUCGCCGAGUUGCACUGGAAUCCGGGGAUUCUGACUCAGGCUGAGUCGCGGGCGCAUCGUAUAGGUCAGACUGGUGGUGUAUCGGUGCGAUACUUAUUAGCGGCCGGCACUUGUGAUGAUAUCAUGUGGCCGAUGCUGCAGGGGAAAUUAAACGUACUUAAUGACGUGGGAUUGAGUAAAGACACAUUUGAGGGCACCGCCAUGAAGCAUCAGGUAAGGAUCAUCAAAUAUAAAAAGAAAAUGCAAAAUAUUUAGGUUUCAUACAUUAUGUUAAAUUUCUGUAUAUUUUCCAGGAGAGCAGAAAUAGUUUGACGCAGUAUUUAACCCCUACUAGAUUUAAGAGUAUAAAUGAUUACAUACCUGGAACAAAUAUUAGAAAAGGCACCUUAAAAUCGGAUAUGGAUAAUAAUUCAAAAUGUAGCAAUGAUGGCAGCGGUUCUAUCGGUAAUAGUGAAAAUAUAAAAUCGUUAAACGCAAAUAAGACUGAUCAACUGACUGAACAUGACCCUUUUAGUGAAGAUAUCAUGAUAGAGGAAUCAUUCCUAGAAGCUGACGAUGAUGAUGAACUAUUGGCUAACUUGGAUUUAUGAUAUUCGAUAAAUUUUCGGUUUUUUUUAUUAAAGUGUUACUAUUUAUCUCAUCUUG